AUGGAGUCUGCAAAUAGCAUCAUCCUCACAGACAAGAAUACAUCAUCAAGCCAAGGGGCCGACUCUGAAUCAUCGUGCAACCAAUCGUACCAAGUAAGAACUAGCGCCUGGGAGCAGCAGCCAAAAAUGAUCAGCACAGCCUCAGCCGCAACUGCAGGGCUGCAUGCCACCACCCCUAGUAAUAUCCCAGUCCGGCAAUUUCGGGCUGGGGUUACUGGAGCCGGAAGUGCACGAGCCCUCAUGCUGGAUAAGGAACUAAGCCUUACAAGGGUCCAGGAUAGCGGUGGCCCCAUGCCUAUGCCCACACCAAUGCACGAAUUGCACGACCCCGAGCUGUCAGCUCAUUUUCCACUAUUAACAGAUAACUGGCAACUUCCGCCAGAUCACCCCAUACCCCCUGUCCAACCCGUCCUGUUCUCCGACUCUUUAAUCGACGUAUUAUCACCUGCGCUAGGUUUUCUUUCACCAAGUACUUCUUCGCCAGUGCCUGCUGAUCACUCAUAUAUCUCCUGCCCUGCUGACGAUCUGCACUCUUACUCUCUCGAACAAUACAUCCAAAUCACUGGCGAAGCAGAAUUUCUGAAUGCCAUUACCGCGGCUGACGCUGCCAUGCCAUACGGUCUUGAUGAUCUGAUCCUUCCGUCCACAUUACCGGAGACCAACAUCGACCUAGACUUUGAUACCAUGCUAGCUGCUGUUUCACCCGUACAUCAUCACGACCUGUCUCUGUCAUCCUCCGUCCGGUCUCAUUCGCCAUCAGGCACUACCUCUUCCACAUAUUCAUUAUCUCAAGACGUUGACCUUGAUAUCGAUAUGGCGUUUCAAGGCGAUCAAGAGGCAGCCCAGCGUUUGUUGUUCCCAUCCUCCAAUCAAUCCUAUUACUCUCAACCGCAAGCCAUGGCAUCACAGCAGCUGCUUUACACAUCGCAACCUGCGCCACCUCCGAAUAAUCAGUCUUGGAUGUCCUUACCUGUAUUCGCACAGCAACCAAAUUCUUACAAUAACACACUUCCACCAAAUACCAUCUAUCCAUCCUUCGACUCAAAUGGUUUCUCGACAGAAGGUGGGGUCAUACCUCCCACACCACAGGCUACAGAAGCACCCUCAUUCUUUCUCCCCUCCCAACCUCAAGAGGGGAUGCUUACCGCCGGUCCAUCGCACACCACCUCUUACAACAGUAGCCACGAAAGCAACACCGCAUCCAUAUCCUCAUCAAUAUCCCGAUCCUGCUCCCCAGUAUCGCUCAACUGCACCGCAUCCGUCACGACCUUCCAAUCUACAGCACCUGCAUAUGCCAGACGCCUAAGCUCCACACCACAACCAGCCUCGUCUGUGACUCAAUCCCAAUCAUCGAAUUCCCUUUUUGCUUACGGCAUCCCUGUUCCACAGGCGUCACCCAACGCAACCCAAACCUGGCGCUGCGCCUACCCAAACUGCUCCUCGCGCGCCCUCUUCACCCGUGGCUGCGACCUUCGCAAACACUACAACAGGCACUCGAAACACCUUUUCUGCCGCAUCAAAGGCUGUCCGCAAUCCGGCCCUAGAGUUGCCGAAGGUGGCAACAACAAUGCCAACGGAGCUUCAAUUGCAGGCUUUGGUGGAGUAGGAAUGGGUGGUGGCUUCAGUAGCAAGAAAGACAGGGCCAGACAUGAAGCGAAGCAUAACCCGAGGAUACUAUGUGAGUGGGUUGGGGAGGGAGGAGAGAGGUGUGGGAGGCGGUUUUCGAGGGUCGAUAAUAUGAAGGACCAUGUUAGGAGGAUUCAUCGAAGAGGACAGGCUGAUGGACAGCAUGAGAGCGGGAUUGGGGUAAGGAUGGAAGAAGCCGGUGCAGCUAAUGCUGCUACUGCGUAA